GGCAUCACCUGUAACGGCAACCCUUUCCUGAUUCCGCGGUUCCACUUCUGUUUCCUCUCCCCUCCCUUUCUUCCCCAUAAAAUACUACCCAGAACAAGCUCAGCUGCAGCGCUAGCCUGGUUUCUCUGUACACACAGAAGUUUCGGUCAUACUAGCCAGUUUCUUUUAACCGGGCACACGGCAGGGAGAGAGCGAGAAACAGUUGCAGCAGGCGUUGUCUGCAGCACGACAGAAUGCGGACGCCGACCGCCAUGAUCGUGGGCAUCGUCCUGGGCCCCUGUGGCCUCGUCCUGAACCUAACCAGCACUCUGGCUCCCGCCUGGAGGGAUUUAAGCCGUAUCCCUGACCAAGCCUACGACAUGAUCCAGCACCAAGGCAUCUGGGACAUCUGCAACGAGUUUCAAGGCACCCAGAAGACUCAGUGCAACAUCAAGGACACGCUGGGGUACUUCUCCCACCAGACUGUGCAAGUCGCCAAAGGGCUGAUGCCAUCCUCUGUGGCCGUCACGGUCCUGGGGUUGGUUGUGGCUUCGCUGGGCGUUCGCUGCUGGCAGGAUAUGCCCCAGUACCUGCUGGCUGGGCUGGGCGGCCUGCUGCUCUUUGUUUCCGGGCUGCUUAGCCUGAUCGCCGUUUCUUGGUACAAUCACGACAUCCAAAACCUUCCCAUCACGGCCGGCAGUAGCCUAGCGGUGGGUUACUGCCUGGUGCUAGGCUACUUAGGGAGCUGCCUGGAGAUAAUUGGGGGCUUCUCCCUUUCGCUCAGCUUUGCUCAGUGCUGCAAGGAGCGCAAGCUGAAGAAAGCAGCGAUGGAUUACAGCUACCCACCCAGCAGUCAGAGGGUCCCAGCGACCACGGCUGCCGUUUCUCCCUCCUUUGGCAACACAGAGAUCCAAAUGGACUAUUACAGGACUCCAACCCCCAGGUCUUACACCAACCCCCAGGACGUACUGGAAAGUGAACACCCCAGUAACUGGAGCAGGUUUCCCUGCGAUUCUGACUUAUAGCCCUAAGCCGGGACACUCUUGCAAGGAACGAGCUGCAGAAAGAUUCCUUCUGGAACUCUGCUCGGACAACAAAGAUACCCAGUGUGGAAAGUUCGUCUACAAAUUUAAUUCCGGCAAAGACGUUUUCCUACCUCUUUCGUGAAUCAAGCAAGUGCCAUAGCCCUAAACCGCUACAGAUUCUGGUUCUACGCUUUUCUUUUCGCUUUCUCUCAGGUUAAACAUUAUAUUAAGACAGUAAUUAAAUCACCCUUGCGUGAGGAAGCGAUAGGGAGUUUGAGCGGUCCUCUUCACUGUGCAAUUUUUGGGAUGGGGAGGGGCUUGCAGGGCAGCAAGCAUAAUUGUUUUAUUGCUUUUGCACACAUUUACUUGAAGAGUGCCCCGGAGCUUUGUUAAGCAAAUGGACAAGAUGGUUUUUUUGCACACUGGGUGAAAGCUGAAAAUUCAGGACCCUGGAAUAUCUUGGAGCGGGGGCAGGGCUCCUCUGCAGCAACAGAUCUGCUUUCAUCCCCCUGCGCCACCACCUUCUGUUUACUAAAUUGGUAAGAGACCAGGAAUCUAUCAUCCCUCAGGGUUUGACUGUACUCUCAAAGAGAUGCCUUGUUUUCCUAUUUACAGAUGGAUACAUAAAAAUGCAAUAUACGCAGAAUAAAAGUUAUCUUUUGUAUGGC